GUGAUCCGGGACGGAACCGCCAAGUUCUCAUUGAAUUCGUAUGUCUACUCACGGGCAUCGCCGGCGCCGACUGGCUUUGUUGCAGCUGUGCGAGCAUCCAGGUCUUCAGGCCAUAGGCGGGCAGUGCUCAAAAACCACCUUCGAAGCAUCCUCUGGUGGCAGACCGUGAGAAGAUGGUUUCAAUGCCUCAUGUUUCGGACAAGAAACAGGGUAAACCUGGGCGGCCGGCACGUGCAGCGGAACGUUUGGAUGCACAAAUGGCAGCAUUGGAGAAGAUGAUGGCAGAGCAACAGAACGCAACUCCUGGUAUUGCUCAGCCAACACCGUUUGUGGCGCCGGCGGUGGCACCUGCAGCGCCUGCGCCUACCACUAUGCCGGCACCGGUGGCGCGGCCCAGCAGUGGACCGGCAGCUCCAGUGGCGGGCAACCCGAUGCUGAGAAGUUUGCAAAUGCACCUGCGCCAGCAUGCCGGAGCGGAGGGUGCUCAGUCAGAGAAUCAACUGCCGGCUGCCAAGAACGUGGAGGCGGCCCCAGUCACGCAAAAGGCGGAGACAGCUGAGUACCAGACUUUGGCCUCAAUGCUGGAGCAGAUCGACCAAGAAACAGAGACCAUGUCGUUUCAAGAGCUUGGAUGCUUGGUGACAUGUCGACCUUGGGCAGACACCAGGAUCUUCGAGAAGCUCAACGACUCCUCAAACGAGCUUGGACUCUCGCGAUCAGCUGUCUGCCUUGAUCCGCCAGACCAGCCGCUUGGACCCCGACAGGCUGAAGCCAACGCGUCCGGACGGCGCGGUCGGAGACACCCAGGAUGCCAAGGCUUUGCACUUUGCAUCUCGACCUGCCAAAUGGCGCCAGGGCCGUUUGGGCACCCGCCCAUCGCCCGGCGCGUAUGGCUUGUGACAUGAA